CAGUAUCAAGGUUGCUAACAAUGCGGGGAGUCUAUGACUGUCCAUCUUGCCUGGUUUUGGCCCGCAGGGUGGGCCGCCGUAGAUGCUGCGUUUGCCGGGCCGUCGGGGACGUGUCGGUUCUGAAUCCGAGAAACUCGGCGAGUGUGGGAGAAGAUGCUACAUGGACGCUACCUCAUUACUGGACUUGGCGCAGUUUUGAUUAAAGCGAUCGUCACAGGCAGGUGGCCAAUAUCCCACCCGUCUUCACCACUCCGGAUUUCAGAAUAUGCCGUCUCAUUCUGGUAUCUAGCGUCUCAUCGGGUCCCGCGCCAGAGCGGGAAACCUGGGGGCGGUCAAGGAUAUAAGAAGGCUACAUUCGCUACCGGCUUCUGGGACAACUUCUUUGCGUCCGCACCCGAACUCACUACGCUAUUUAUCCCUGAGUCAUCAUCUUUUAAUAGAUUCUUUGAUCAGCACGACCUGUGUUCAACAUGAAGUCCUCUGUCAUUCAGACGGUUGUGGCGGCCGCCUCCGUGGCGUCAGCUCACACUAUCAUGCAGGCUGUGAACGGCCUGGAGAUGGGCAAGGGAAUCUAUAUGCCGGACAAUGACAACACGCCCAUCCAAGACGUGUCGACCGACUCCAUCGCGUGCAGUGGUUCGCCAGUGAAGAAAUGGAGAAGCUCUCCGGAUGUUAUCGAGGUGCAAGCCGGAUCGCAGGUGACGGGACUGUGGCUCCACGAACUGGGCAGCACUGGCCCGGAUGAGUACACGGACAACAAGGUCAUCGCCUCGAGUCACCAUGGACCUGUCAUGGCGUACCUCAAGAAAGUCGACGAUGCCACCAACAACCCAGCCGGUGGCCCUGGCGACGGUUGGUUCAAGAUUAGUGAAGUGGGCUACGAAAACCAGGUAUGGGGUGUCGACAAAUUGAUCGAGGACGAGGGUAUCCAGACGGUUACCAUUCCCGAGUGCAUCGAGGACGGCGACUACCUCUUGCGCUUUGAGCUCAUCGCCCUCCACUCCGCCUCUGCGCCCAUGGGUGCCCAGUUCUACCUCUCAUGCGCCCAGAUCCGGGUCUCUGGCGGCACUGCCAGCAAGACUCCCGAGACGGUCUCCUUCCCCGGAGCUUACUCCAACUCCGACCCGGGCAUCCUGGUCCAGAUUUGGGAGAACGACCUCCCGUACCCCGCCGACUACACUGUUCCCGGUCCCGCAGUUUUCACCUGCUAGAGCCGGAAGGUGGUCUGGGGUCCGUCGGCGCGUACAUUCAGAGCUAGAGAGUGGGAAUUUUGGAAUUCAGUACGAUCGAAUUCUACUUGGGCCAUAGCAAAUGAAACGUAUUCGAACGCGGGA